AUGCCGGCGAUCCCUUUGGCUUCACUGAACACAAUAGCCAAUAACAAUACAGUCACAAAUGUUACAAGUAAUGUAUUGCAAGUUGUAUGCGCAUGGCCAGUAUCUGGUCAAUAUGGGCCAGGCUCUCGGGUCUUGUACUAUGUUCUCGUAGCAGCAUGUGUUCUUCUCCGAAAACAACAGUGGCUGAAAGAAGCUUGUUUGGCAGCUGCAUUGCUUUUCCCCGCCGUUGCUGCACUUCAUGGCAUAGUCCUCGCAGCGGUUCAUGUGGAUGGUGCGGUGGAUAUGGAUAUUUAUGGGGCUUUCCAGCUAUGCUCGAUAGGUAUUUUGGCUGCACCGAUAACUGUGAAAUUAUCUCGAACAUAUUUUUUCGAGACCCCUGGUCGAAAUACCAUAUUCUUAUGGACUGGCUUAAUAUUUGCGGGUCUAUUGAGCUUAACCGUGGAGUUUAUCCGGACAAGCACAAGUCCUUGCACUAUUGAUGGUGACGGCCAUCCAAUCUAUUAUACUAGAGACAACUUCACCUACGAGUCUAUGUGUGGCCUUACUUGCGAUGUUGAUUCUGGACCUUUCUCUCCAAUGCGAGGCGGAUCGGCCAAUAAUAUCUACGUUAUACCCGCGCCAGACAAACUCACCUUUGAUACGGUGACGCUUCUCUCAGCUGCAUGCUGCAUACCUGCUAUACUUUCACUUGUAUCGAUGUGGAAUAAAAUUCGUGAGACGAAUUGGAACAAUCGAUUCGGCCGUAAAGAUGAGCCAAUCGACGCCCCAAUUGAGGGCACUAACAAUGCCACGGUUGGGAAAAUGAAAGAGGUCAACAGCUUGAUCAGGUUCUUUCUAAGCGCUAUAGAGGUACCCGUGUUCGUAGGCGCGGUGUUGGCUAUUCUAAUCCUCGGUGAGAGGAACUUUUUCAGUCGCCAAGUCGCAUAUCAAACUGAACCCAUAGCAACUAUCGGUCAAUGGGCGCCCAUUGUCGGAACUGGACUUGCUGUUUUUGGGUCAUUAUACCGUCUCUUCGCCGCAAAUAUGGAAGCCAACGACGAGGAAGUAAAUCCAAAAAAUUCAAAGCAUCAUGAUUUCUCCAAGCGGGAGGUUGGUCUUGGAAUAUUCUCAGAACCAUCACCUUCUAUCACUGCAGGUGGCAUUGAAAUGAUGCGCCAAAGCCUUUCGAACAGUAGCGCAAGAACUUCCCAUGAAAUAGAACAUGAGGAAAUGGCGCAGACUACGAGCGAACCUCCACAUGACCCAGCCAAGUUACCAUCAGACGUGGGAAACAGACGGAAAGUGGCCAAUGUUUUGACUGCAAUCGGCAACUAUGUCGGCACUGCAGCAGAAUUUCGUCUAGACGAUUCCGAAUUUAAACAUGGAAAAGCAGUUGAUUUUCCAGAAAUUCCUGGAGAAGAUCAACGAAACCCAAAGCUGCCACAUAUUAGGGAAGCUUACAAUCAAUCCCGCGACGCCAAUGGGAAUAUUACGCCCAUUCUUCGUUCUUCCAAAGCACCUAGCAUCAAUGGCAGUAUCAUCUCAGGACUUGACAUCGAGGGUAGCACGGGUACUGCCGAGCCAGCGUCACCUCGGUUGCCUACGCCACAACUAUCCUCUUCUCCUGCAAAUGGUGAUCGGCCACGACCUCGUCGGGAUACCCUUGAAGUUCCGGCGCAGGCUCGUCUUAAUCUCACGAGAUUCGACACAUCCAGAUCUGAGAGCCAGCCCUCACCUGUUAUUGUAGUCUCGUCUGAAGUUACAGAUAUGCCUUCUUUAGUACAUACACUUCCUCCAAAACCAUCUUCGCCACCUUGA